CUGGGUAGCUUGCCACAUCAUAAAAAAAGUAAUGGAGAAAAUGAAGGGUCUGCAGGCACUUAUAUUGGCAAUGGUAAUGGUUAUGGCGAUCGCUACAACUGAUGCUCAAAGCAUUUGCAACAUGCCAGCUUCAGGUUUGAUGGCAUGCAAACCAGCAGUGACCCCCCCCAACCCUCCGCCGCCCACGUCAACUUGCUGCUCCGCCCUCUCCCACGCUGACAUGCGUUGCCUUUGCUCAUAUAAGAACUCCAAGCUCUUGCCUUCCCUUGGUAUUGACCCAAACCUUGCCAUGAAAUUGCCUAGCUUGUGCAAGCUUCCUCAUCCUGCAAAUUGUUAGUUCCUGGUUCUCCAUAUGUGAUCUCAAAUGUGAGGGAAAAUCAUGCUUAUUGUAAGCCUCUACUUCACAUAAUUGUACUGAGCUUCGGGUUUUCUUUUUCCUUUAUUUCUUUUUAUGUGUUGUGUUUCGAUUGGUAUCUUAUAGUCGUGUGAUUUCUCACCAAUAAUCAUAUAUUAGUAUUGUUUCCACCA